UAUUUUAAAAGUAAUUUUCUCCUACAGGUUGUUUGAGUCAGCCAUUACUUGGUAAGACUCUAAAAUAUUUCGGCCAUUAUUUUAUAGGAAUCAAAAACUGAAGACAAGCAUAUACAAGAUUAUAUUCAAGUCCGUCGUAUUAUGCUUCAUACAUAAGUAAAGAUACAAGCGAAUUGAGACACGAUUUUGGCCAAGGAAAAUUUUAAAUAACAAAAUUGUGAAGAUAAAGAAAAUGAUUCGUUUAAUCUUCACGUUCGUUUUACUUGCGUUUAUUACACCGUCUUCGAAGACUUGUAUAGUCCCUGAACGAGGUACACGGUUUGGAGAUUUAGGAAAAAGAUCAGAUGUUGUACUUCGUGCUGUGGUAAAUAGAACCAUAGCAACGCAAGCGUCAGCUAAUCGUUAUGAAGCGGUAUUCCACGUCACUGGCUUGUUCCCGUCCAAGUCCGGAGGUUUUCAACGUGGAGAAAGAAUCACGGUCGGUCCGUUCGGUCCAGCACCACGAUGCACACCCGUGGAAGUUGGUUCGCAAUAUAUUUUAUUUUUAAGAAGAAACCCAGAGGGUACCGGUUUCCGAUACAGACUACGAUACAAUCCGAUCGCUUCGUCGAGACGAACCGUGUUCUUUUUUGGACGACUCUUAGCUGGAAAAAUUACCGGCCGACACUUCAUGGUUUCUGGUUGCCGAGAACUGGCACGACCACGAAAUGGGAAAGUUCAAUGUACGUAUGGAAGGGAGAGAUGUCGUUUUAUGUGUAACCGAGGCUUUAGACUCACUGGGGGACCUGCCUACAAAUCUUGCAGUAAGAGUGACAUGGUGUGGACACCCCCAGGUAAUCCAAGGUGUAUUUCAUUAUCCGCUCCGGUGGAAAACACGAGAAGAGGCUGGAGACCCGCCCGCACAAGGAUAAGGACAAUAGUUAGAAACACAGGAGAAGAAGAGGAAGAGGAGGAAGAGGAAGAAGAAGAGGAAGAAGAAGAGGAAGAAGAAGCUCCACGACCAAUUCAAUUGCGAAAAUCGAAGAAGAAACCACCUCCAAAAGCAGUUCGCAGGCCAAUUAAUCGACCAGGAAAUCCACCAACGCCAAACCGUACAUUGAGGGUAGGAGGUGCUCAGCCUGGGCCGCGUGAUGAAACCCCAACAGUUCCAAGCGAAAUCGAUGUUCCUGCUGAAAAUAAUACAAGUGAGGUGACGACCACGCAAGAGCCAUCAACAACUACUACAACUACACCAGCACCAACUACUACAACUACCACUCCAGCACCUACUACUACAACGACGACGACGACGACACCAACGCCGGCACCAACAACAACAACAGCGACUACUACCACACCAGCAACACCUGCUACAACCAGACUGCCAACUACGAUUAGAAGAAGGACAACCAUUCCCUGGUUCUUGACAAACCCUUCUUCCGACCCACCUGCUCACACAACCACCACGCGCAGAACUCCUUUAGUUUUAAACGCGCAAUAUCAAGUAGAAAACGUCGGCGAGGAAUGGGUUGAUUCGAUGGGUAUUACGAACCGCCCUGUGUUAACGGCCACCAACGAAGUUGUCGGCUGCCCGGUAUAUAAUGGAACGAUUAUAAUCAGUAGUAGUUGGUAUGGUGGCUUUGACGGUCGUGCGUAUUUCCCUGGUGUAGGCAAAACCUUUAGCGGCUGGGUAGCGCGCAUUAGUUUCAAUAUUCCGCUAGAAAAUCUGGAAACAUACACAGUAAACUUACACAGCAUUGCUCACAGUAGAACGGAAUAUUGUUUUGUCCCAAAAUACUACAAUGUCAAUCUUUACCAAGGGCAGGACCUCACAAUCAGCUUUGUCGGCCGGUACUCUGGAACCGGACAAAUCAUCGGCAAAGCAGAGUUGCUGGGUUUAUGCAGUGGGUGGCAGAUUGACGGUAAAACCGUCGGCAAGCUUUUGCCAAUGGACGCAACGACUACAAACGUUUCUGAAGCGUGGACAACCGACACAACAAUUCAGAUGGUUUCAGGAAACCCACCAUCCAGAGAAGAUAAAAGCCAAGAAGAAUUAUGGAACCUAUUUUCUACAACAACAAGAACACCCACGUCAUCAGAAGCAAUAAUUACAGCUUCUCCGAUACAAAAUGAUCUGAAUGAAAGCCCUGCAUUGCCCCCUGUCACACAAGAGCGCCGGUGUGCAUCUUACACACCUAAUGGUCGUCCUGCUCCAGGAGGAGAAACAGAAGUCUCAUGGGAGGCGAAAUCAAAUUACGAAACCUUUGAUUAUAAUGAAGUAAUUCACAAAUCCAUGCUCUUCUAUGAGGCUCAGAUGUCGGGAGAACUUCCAGAUGGACAUCGUAUACCAUGGAGAGGUGAUUCAAAUAUAAAGGAUGGAUGUAGCAUCGAUAAAGAUCUGAGUGGGGGGUGGUAUAACGGUGGUGGUGCAGUAAAGACAACGUCAUUGAUUGCAUUCAGUACAACAAUGCUUGCAUGGGGAGCUAUUGAGUAUGGUGAAGCAUAUGAAGUAGCUGGGGAAUAUAGUCAUGUAUUACAACAAAUUCGAUGGGCCGCACAAUAUCUUAUUAAGUGCCAUACAGCGGAAAAUGAAUUGGUUGUGCAGGUUGGAAAAUACAUGUCUGCCCAGACAGAUUGGAGCAGACCUGAAGACACUACACAAACAGAUCGUUCAAUUUAUUCGAUAAACGCCGACCAACCUGGUAGUGACGCAGCUUCUGAUGUGGCUGCUGCUCUUGCUGCUGCAAGCAUCUUUUUCAAUCAAACUGAUUCUGCAUUUUCUUCCACAUGUUUGACUCAUGCAAGGCAAUUGUUUACAUUCGCACAUACCAACAGAGGUGUAUAUAGUGCUUCUAUACCUCGUGAAAAUACAAGAUAUUUCUCAUUUAGUGGCGCAGAGGAUGAGUUGGCAUGGGCUGCAAUCUGGUUGUACAAAGCCACUUACGAGGACGAGUACUUAGAUAUGGCACAAAGCUUCCAUAAUGAAAUAACCAAUCACAGAAACAUAUUUUUUUGGGACGAUAAAACAAAAGGAGUAGAGGUGUUACUUGCCAAAGCUACCAACAGUCGCCAAUAUAAGACACCAGUGUUUGCGUUUGCAAACUGGCUUCAAACAGGCACAUACAAAAUACCUGGAGGAAUGGUGUGGCUUAAUUACCGUGGUCCAAAUAUGCAUUCAGCUUAUGUCGCAUUUCUGAGUGUCCAAGCAGCAGAACUGGCAGAUACAGAAGCGGACACAAACAGAUAUUUAAAUUUUUCAAUGACGCAGAUGGCUGCAUUGUCAGGAAAAAACACAAAUCAUAGCUUUGUUGUUGGCUUGGGUUUAAAUGCACCACAGAACCCCCAUCACAGAUCUAGCUCCUGUGGUUCUGAACCUGCAAUUUGUAAUAAAAACGCUAUCAGUCAAGGUUCUAGGAAUGCUCACAAAUUAUAUGGAGCCCUGGUUGGUGGACCCGACCAAUUUGGAAGAUAUGUGGACCGGGCAAGCGACUACAUUCGCAAUGAAGUUGCCAUUGAUUUUAAUGCUGGCUUACAAUCAUUAGCAGCAGGUUUGAAACAGCGUGAAAUGACAAUACAAGCGAAACGGUCUCGGAACAGUGCGCCAUAGAAUAUAAACACAGCAGUUGUAAAGUGAACUGUACGCGGUUGGCCCAGAUGGGCGUAGCUGGAUCUGAGAUACUUUUGUAUCAAUGAGAAUGUAACAAAUCUCCAUUUUCGUCAACUAUACAUGAGAUUUUUUGGCAGCUUUAUUGCACAACAGAAAUGCUUCUAAUGUCAUAUUGACGAUGCUGCUAUCAAUAAUGUAUAAAUAAUGCAGUGAAGAUUUACAUUAUAAGCAACUACAAAAACUAUAUUACUAUAAGCUUAAAAACUGUACCACAAAACGAUUUUUAUAUUUGAACUUUGCGCGUUAUUACUGUUCAAUAAAUGCAAGUGCUUGACUGUAUUUUAAAACCAAA